UCCACCAAUCUAUCAUCAUGCACCGCGACACGCAACAGUACAGCGUUAACGUCCGGAUGGGCAAUUGGGUGGAAGAGACUCGUUUGCAAUCCGAAAAAAUAAAAACGUUUUUGGCAAAAAGAGAUCGAGGAGAAUUGCUAGUACAGAAAUCGCAGAGAAUGUACACAAGCCUUUUGCGACCAAUAGUUUUGAAUUCUACCUCUGAGUUCCUGAGAUACGGAGAAGACGCACAGCUCGUAUGCUCGGACAUCCGUUUUCCGGGAUGGAAAGACGGUGCCGGCGGCGUGGCCUUAUCGUGUUCGACGAGUGACUACCGCUCGGAAUUAGAUGGCCUGGGACCGGGCUGCACUAUAACCGCUUCUCCACUGACAGAGAGCUGCGUCCGAAACUGCUUCAAGAUUUGCAAAAUUGGAAGUAACUGCGAAAAAGGAAAACCUUUGAUGUUUGGCGAUACGUUUGCCAUUAGCCCGUGCAUCUCUUCCAAGCCGCUGUUCGUCGCUGCAGUCAUGCCUCGUCUAUAUACUGAACAAGGGGUGUCCGGUCACCCGGCCCUGAAGCUCGUCGACGCACAGGACGCAUAUUGCCGGUGGACGGUAGACUACUGGCGUGUGUCGAUGCGUGAGGAAGCAAAAGGACUUCCGGUUCCGAACGGAGCCAGAGUGGUCUUAAAGCACACCGCCACAAAUUUGAACGUUGCGGUGGAGACGAACUUUCGGAUCGCGACUUUCUUCGGUGACGAAUAUGAAGUAAGCGCACACACAUACAAGGAUGUCAGUGGUUGCGAAAAGCCACAAAAUAUUUGGGAGUUUGUUACGUCCAGAAAAAGUUCAGGAUCCGAAGACGACGACGGGAUGAAUGACGAUACAAAAACGAACAAAUAAUAUAAUACAAUAUUAUUUUAUUAUAUUAUAUAAUAUAAUACAAUAAUAAUAUGUCAUUAUUCAACUUAUUUACGGAUUCCACUGCAAACAGAUAAAAUAACACAACAAACGAUACGGUUAAUACAAAAGUGCAAAUAUUUUUCUCUGCGCUAUAGUGACCACCAAAAAAGUGUUUUCAUUUUAAAUGGUAUGCAUAAAAAAAAAAACAAAA